AUGUCCUUCUCCCACCCUCGUCGAAGGACUCCGGUGACUCGCCCGGACUGCGACACCGAGAAUGCCUUGUCUCUUAAGAACAGCUCUACCCUCCGUAAGGGUGCAACUUUUCACUCUCCUACAUCACCAUCUUUGACUUCGGACAUCACAUUUGUCCCUCCUACCCUGCCCCGAGCUCAGUCCCAUUUGGAUGAUGUCGUCGAUGCCAACCGUCGACGUGUGGCCUUGACUCUGAACGACAUCGACGAGGCUCUUGCCAAGAACCAAGAGCUCUCUCGGUCAUCCGGGUCAAAGCCCAAGACUCUUCGCGACACCAGUCUUCCCAUCCCUCGCGGCUUCCUCGAAGGACCUAUCGUCGAUCCCAAGAUGACAAAAGAAGAAGAAAGGCGUACACUGCGCCCCAGAGGUCGCUCUUCGCGGGCUCCUGAAGACCAUUCCGAUAGCGGUUUGGGUACAUCAGUGGCUUCCACAAACGAGAAGCGGGGCGCAGUGACUGCAUCAAAGGAGGCAAAGGUGCAAACACGAUGCCUCACAAGGUCUGCUGCUGCAACUGCGGGGAAACUCCCUUCACUGGGACCAAGAGCUAUUAACCGCAUUCACGAGCACACUUUGCGCCCUUUGUUGGCCAAGCCAACCCUCAAGGAGUUUGAGCCUAUUGUGCUUGACAUUCCCAGGAGAAUUCGAUCCAAGGAAAUCAUUUGCUUGCGAGAUCUUGAGAAAACCUUGAUCUUCAUGGCACCGGUAAGUCAGCUUCUGACUAAUAAUGGCGUUUGGGAAAAUACUUAUCGGACUCUGUGUUUAAAGGAGAAAGCCAAAUCAGCAACCUUGUACCUGGAUUUCUGCCUUACAUCCGUCCGAUGCAUUCAAGCGACAGUCGAAUAUCUUAGCGACCGCGAACAAAUUCGACCCGCAGACCGGCCUUACACUAACGGUUACUUCCUCGACCUGAAGGAUCAGAUUUUAGAAUACGGAAAACAACUUGCCGCCAAGGCCAACGGCGACGAAAUGGAUAUCGACGCAUCUGAUGAGAUCAGGCUCAUCGGUGGCCUUUCUGAGAACGGUCGUCCUGCUGAGCUCGUUCGUGUUGCCAAGGACGGCACGUAUAUUUCCCUGGACACUGGCAAGCCUGUUGAGGCAGACGACGACGCGCCAAUGAAAGUGAAGCGUUCUCUCAGCCAGCAACUGGAAGAUGAGGAGGAGAUCCAGCGAUCUAUGGCUCGCCGCAAGAAGAACGCUUCUCCCGAAGAACUAGCCCCCAAGAAGUGCCGUGAGCCUGGCUGCAACAAGGAGUUCAAGAGACCUUGCGAUCUUACAAAACACGAGAAGACACACUCUCGCCCUUGGAAAUGCCCCGUCACAACUUGCAAGUACCACACCUAUGGCUGGCCAACUGAGAAGGAGAUGGAUCGUCACCACAACGACAAGCACUCUGAUGCCCCCGCCAUGUAUGAGUGUUCGUUCAAGCCGUGCCCCUACAAGUCAAAGCGUGAAUCAAACUGCAAACAGCACAUGGAGAAGGCUCACGGCUGGACCUAUGUACGAACCAAGACCAACGGCAAGAAGCUGCCGUCGAUCGCUGGUAGCGUUCAGCAGCAAACACCCCCUCUGGGCAACAUGUCGACACCAUCUUCCAUCGACUACAACAGUGUCCCCACGCCUCCACAAAACGACGUGACACAAUUCAUGGGCAACGACUUUCCUCUUUACCCUAACGACUCUGACUGGAUGUCGGUUAACAAUAUCCCCUCUGAGGCAAUGCAUAUGGAUCUGACUCUUGAUUCGACUUCGCCUGCUUCUGCUAGCUCCUACGAGCAGUAUGCACCAUAUCAAAACGGUUCAGCUUUUAUCCUUGACAACGAGGAUCUUUACGCUGCUCCUAUGCAACUUCCGGCUCAGUUCCCCUCGCCUGAGGAAGUUGCCAUGUAUGGUAACCCCAAGAUGAUGCAACAGCAGCUCCCCAUGUUCCAGCAAGUUCCUCAGCAGAUUCCUCAGCAGAUUCCUGUCCAGGCCGUUCCCUCUCAAUUCUCGCCAACUGGUCAGGAAACUGCCAUGCUCUUCACCCCCAACUCACUGAGAGAUGUUGACGAGGGGUUUGAUGACUCUUUUGGUGCAGAUGGAAUGGACUUUCCACUCUUCCCUAGCGGCAAUGGUAUGGUCAAGACCAAUGACUAUCAGCCGCUCUUUGGCGAGAUUCCCAGUGCCAAUAUGGGCUUCUCCCAAAACUCUCAGGACCCUUUCCAAAUGGACUGGUCUACUGUUGAUUUCUCGCAAAACUUUGACUAG